AGGAGAUGAAAUGCGUACGCUACGUGUUCGACCAAAAAAAGAAAAGGAAUAAAUAAAACCGGGAGUCGUCGCGCUUCCACGCCAACCGUUCGGCGAAACGUCGCAGCAGCCACAGGCGCAGCAACGCAGCGGCGCGUUCCCCAACACACACGCACACACACCUACAUUCUCGCGGCCCAAGGCGGUAGGACUUCGCUGACUUUGCUCGGCAAGUCGUGACGUCGUCGUCUCCGAGUUCCCGGGGUGGGGGGCAAGGCGGAAGCCGUUCUGUUUUGAGCCUGGCCGGCUCGUUUCCUUCUCGAAGGGGGGAGGCGCAGUACCAAAUUACGGAUAUACAGCGAAAACAACGAGAGAAAGAAAAGCUCCCGCUCAGAACUCAAUAAUUGGGUCGUCGCAGCUCCAGCGGGCGCCGCGCGGCGUCGAGCGCGCCUCGUACGCCGUACGCUACCGGACAUAGAGCGACCGGCAGCACCGGCGUCGUCGUGGGUACGUGAGGCAAGCCCCCGCCAGACCGGCCGCUCGCUCUCCUUGGCGAGGGUACCCCCUAUCGCGGUUUCGUCACCGAUGGAUUCCCGAGUGAACGCCUCUCGACGCGGCAACAGCUGACAGACGUCGUGUGCGAGCCGUGCGUAUGUGUGUCGGGGUGUGCGCGCGCGUUGUUUGCUGUGCGACGUACGCGGCGGCGUGGAAUCCCAGUGGGCGACUAUGUGAGACCGCGGCUCCUCAUGUGCUCGUCGUGAAUGAUCGCAGCGAUGGAACAGCCUCGCCGGGCCGCCGCCAGCCACCAUCACAACAACAAGAACCACAAGAACAACAACAACAACAACGUGGCCGUGGUCGAAAUCGAGGAGCAAGUGAACCGUAGCAGCCGUGCUCGUUCGCGGAGCUUCCACAACAGUCCGCCGCGGAAAGAGUUGUCCCGGUGUGCGCGUGCCUCAAAGGCCUACUCACUGGACUCGGUGCGGUGCCCGAAGCGUUGGCGUCCCUGCCAACUCCUCAGGGACGUGUUCGCCAAGACGCCCCUGCUCCUGUUCGGGCGCCGAGCCUUCGGUGGCGGCGCCGCCUCCGCCGCCGCAACCACCUCCGCCAGACCGUCGGUGGUCAUGACUCCCGCUGACAGCACGACCUUCUCGUCCGAGGACAGCGGUCAGGGCAACGAUUCCCCGUCCUCGCUAGCCUCUGUGCUCGACUCGCAGCUCUACCUCCAGCCGCCCAAGACGAGACGGUCCUGUAGUGCCGACUCCGCAGUGGACCUGGUCGGCGGCGGAUGUGCCGUGUCGACGGCGGCGGCGUCGUCGCCGCCGCCCGGCUCCCACCACCGUACCAGUCUGCCAUCGGAUCGAAAGCGGCCCCUAGCUCAGUGUCUGUCCUUGUCGUGUCCAGUGCUCAGUGCGCCCAGUGUGGUGGUGAGUGACUUCAGCGGCGGCAGCAGCGAGGCGUCGCCCGAAGUCGUCCCGGAGGAAGAAGGCUGCGGCCUCUUGUCCAUCGAUGAUGACGUCCGGGAUUACCUGUCCCUCGGACGUUCUUGCAGCACGUGCUCGCUGUCGUCGACCGUGUCCAGUAUCUCGUGGGACGACGACGCGUCGCACAGCGACGUCAGCGAGUCCUCGUCCUGCUUCUCUUCGUCGAAGGUGAGUACCUGGAGUCAAUGCCCACCUGACAUUCUUCCAUCGCCAACCGUGUUGGGACUUUGUGAGUACGGUAUCACUCACUCCCCCACAUACGCGAGCUGAUGCACGUCAAACAUGGCGGCAUCAGCCAUGUUUGAUGGCUGAUGCUGGAGACUCGGAUAUAUAGAGAGAGAGCAGCGACGAAAGAAAGCAACAGACGUAGAUAUCUUCUUCGUGUGCACUUGUGUCGUCGUACUUUUUCCCAGAAAACCC